AUGAAGUGGAAAACAUUUAUAAUAUUAGUUACUCUGCUAUUCUUGAAUACUUAAUUAGAAGCUUAUUAAAUUUGUUAAAAAAAAUAGGCAAAAUUCAGAUCAAUCAUUAGAGGGGAUUAUUAAAAUAUGCUAAAUUAUUAUAGAGGAGUUGUAAUCUCAUCAAAAUUAUAAAAUGGUUUUGCUGGGGGUUUACAAGGCAGUAGUUUAAGGGAUAAUAUUUAUAUGAUAAGUGGUAUAUAUGGAUUUACAGCAACUUCAAUUGGAAAUUCAAUUAUAUUUGAUUUAUAGCAAUAAUAUGAAUUAAAUACUUUAAAAAUAUGGUUGUGGGAUUAAGAUGAUAGAGUCUAUAGAAUUAAAGUUUAUUUAAUAUACAAGGACAUAGAAACUAAAAUCUAUGAAAGUAAUUUAGCUUAAACAAUAGUAACAAUAACAUUUCCUAGUUAAUAAGUAUAAAAGUUUAAAAUAUAUAAUGUCAAUGGUAAUACUUAUAAUGAUGGACUUCAUAUUAUAAAAAUAGAAAGUUUCUACAAACUUGAAACAAAAAUAUGA